CCUUAUUGCGAGAACCGCGAGAACCAGUGUGAACACUUGGCAAAAUUGUAAUUAUGUGGUACUUAUUAUAAAACACGCGCCCCUCUGUUUCAUAACUCUGUUCACGAUCAGUAGUUAGGGUUUCAUUCAACAGAUCAGAACUUUGUAUACAUCGACGACGGUGGCCGACGACGUUCACAUAACUCACCGGAGUUCACGACGGUGGCAUCCGGUCACGGUGUUUCCAGCGGCAUUCACAACGACAACCCACCAUUUACACCCUCUACAUGGCAGCCUCUGAUUCAUCAAGUGUCAAUUAUCACACAUCUGAUGUUCCUCCUCAUACAUUUUAUGAUAAUCCUCCUCAUAUCUUCAUGGCAUCAUCUGAUUCAUCAAGUGUCGAUUCUCACACAUAUGAUGUUCCUCCUCAUACAUUCUCUGGUAAUCCUCCUCAUAUACAUCUGAUGCUGUUCUAAAUUGUGAUCUGGUUUGUGUCCUAGGGUUAAAUUUGAGUUCUACUUUUCGUGUGUAUGCGUUAGGAACAAGCUAUGAAUUGGUCAUGAUCUAAGUUGUUCUUAUGAGUUUCCAUGAGUGUAAGGUAGGUAAAAGUAAAGUAGAAUGAAAUAGGAGCCAGUUGAAGCUUGCUUGGGUAGCCGAUUUCGUAUGGUGAUCUGCCAGUAUUUGUGUUAACCGAGGUUUUUAAGAACGUACUGAUAGUUAGGUAUGGAGAAGACUGUUAUAUAAUCUUUUAGUUCUACAUCUGCAAGUAGUCUUGUGGUAUUCUAGCAGAGACGAUGAGUUCAUGGACUUAAUAAGAUUGUUGUCGAUAUAUUUUUUCGUUUUGUAGCUUUUAGCUAAUUGCAUAUGGUGAUCUUCCUGGAUUUGUGUUUACCAAGGUUUUAAACUUUUAAGUAUCUACUGAAAAAUAACUAUUGAAAAGACUAUUCUAUAAUCUUUUAGUUCUUCAUCUGUAAGUAAUUUUGUGGUAUUCUGGCGUAUAAGAUGAGAUCAUGUACUGGUUAAGAUCUUUGUCGAUAUAUCUUUUUAAUUUGCAUGUUGUAGAUACUCUGUAAAUAUUAUAUUAAAUGAUAUGCACAUAUGCAUUAUAUUUACUGUAAAUGAUCUUGUAUUAAAUUAUAUGCACAUGUGCAUUAUAUUGAUUGUAAAUGAUAUUGUAUUAAAUUAUAUGCACAUGUGCAUUAUGUUGAAAAUUAGAAUAUAUCAUUGAUGUAUGUAUUCUGAACAAGUGCCUUAUAGAUAACUAUCCAAUUAUGUACAGAAUGGCAGCAAACAAAGGGUCUUGGGUGGCGGAUAACUACAAAAAAAUAGGGGAGUUGACUAUGUGGGAUUGCAAAUGGAAUAACUAGUCGACAACCGGGGAUUCAUGGGUGGAGUUUACGCAGCUUUUGGCACUGCUGAGAGACACCAGAAUGAAGACGGGUCAAUAUGGGUGGGGUUGGCACUCGGAAAAAUAAGUCGACUUUUACAGAUAAACCUAUACUACUGGACUUGGGUUUGGUUAAGUUGAAUUUGUCCAAGAAUAUGUAUUCUAGUCCACUUGAUUUUGCCUCCGAUGUUCGGUUGGUGUUUGAGAAUGCGAUGCUUUAUAACCCCAAGACGGAUGAGGUUCAUGGAAUGGCUCAUCAGCUGCUGUCCUAUUUCGAGAUGCUUUUUAGACCGAUUCAGGCGAAAUUGCCUACUAAUCAGCGUGUGAAUUGGUUUCUGCUGUAGAUGAAUUCGAUGGAAGUUCGUGUGACGAUAUACAGACGCCUGAUAGAUCCAAGAAGCCGAAAUUUAGUGACCCGGUUGCUCCUGUUUUAAACAAGCAAAAUCACUCGACUGCAUCUAAACCGAUCAUCCCACCUGUUGUUCAGCCGCCAAAGCGGACGCCAUGCCAAUGCAGGCUGCAGAACCAUAACCAGAACAGAUCAAAUCGUCAUCAACUAUAACACAAGGAACUGUGCCGAAGCUGCCCAAGCCCAGAGCCAAGGAUCUGAACAAGAGGGACAUGAACAUGGAAGAUAAACAUAAAUUGGGGUUAGGGCUGCAAAGUAUGCCACCAGAUAAGAUACGACAUUUGUUGCAGAUCGUAUGUAAGAGGAACGAUCAGUUGGCGCAAGAGGGUGAUGAAAUAGAGCUUGACAUAGAGGCUUUGGACACAGAAAUGCUCUGGGAGCUCGAUCGGUUUGUCACCAACUGGAAGAAACUAGUGAGCAAGACGAAAAGGCAAGCACUUUUAGUAAACAUCGCAACGGUCGACAUUGAUGAUGUUGAGGGAAUGAAGAAAAACAAUAAGGAAUCAGGGGAAGAAGAUGUCGAUAUUGGCGAUGAGAUGCUGGAGAGCAGCUUCCCACAUGUGGAGAUUGAGAAAGAUGAUGGUGGUGGUCAGGGUCAAGCUGCAGGUCAUGGAAAUGAGAAUGCAAACAGCAGCUCCAACGUACCAUAAUAAUGGACAUGUGCAUACAUGUUUUAUGUUUAACUUAACAUGGUUAUUUGAUACGGAAUAAAAAUAUGCACACGCGCAA